UUCUCAAUGGACCACAGGUGAACUGGACAGGACCUUAACCCCUUCUUCCCAACCACUUGCUCCAACUACCAUCCCUCAUUCUUCCCAAAAUUCUCUCUCUCGUCUCUCUCUCUCUCUUGUAAGUCAAUGGCGACCCAGACCGUCCACCGUCUCCUCCUCCUAUCCCUCCUCGCCAUCUCCGCCACCGCCCGUCCCGGUCGCCCCUUCCACCCCUGCCAAACCCUCAUCCUCUUCUCCACCUCCACCACCUCCUCCUCCUUCCCCCUCCUCCAAAACCCAGAUAACUUCUCCCCACAAAACCCUAACCCUAACCCUAAUAACAACUUCCGCCGCAGCCAAUCCAUCACCCUCUUCAUCACCGAAAUCAGGCCCGUCGACUUCUACCCUUCCAUCCCCACCAUCGAUCAAAAUCGCGACGAUUCGUCGCUGUACUCCUCCUCGUUCCGCGAUCGCACCAGGGACAUCCUCAGCGUCGUCGGGUCCCUCCUCUUCGGCGUCGGCUGCGGCGCCCUCACCGCCGCCACCAUGUACCUCAUGUGGUCCCUCUUUGCCGCCAACCGUUUGAACCUCCGUGAUGAUUCCGAUGACGAAUCGGACUGUGACGAGGAUGGAUUUGAGGGUGAUGACAUCAGCCCCAAGAAGAUUGGGUACGUCGCGAUCCCCACUGCUGCGAACUCGGAUUCUCCGGUGGUUGUUGCGAAGGAAGUGGUGUGAGAAGCGACUGGUGGAGUUUGCUUUUACUUUUAAGUGUUUUUUUUUACUAUUAAGCAACUGGUGCUUCUUCGUCUGUAUCUAUUGAUCUUGUACUUGUAUAACUGCUGCUUAUUAUGAUUGAAUAUGUAUGUGCUGCUACUUAUUUUGUGCUCUCUUA